AUGUCCGGAAGACGCAGCGGAGGCCAGUGGGAGGCUCCCUCUCAAGUCCCCUUCGUCGUUGCGGCGUUCCGCGCGUGGGAGAGGACGGAACUGAUCACGACGGACAGGCUGUGCACGCGUAUCAUCCUAUGGCACAGCUUUUUGCGGUUGUUCUUGUCCGCGUCACAAUCCCUGUUCGGUCUGUCGUCGUCGUGGCCCGAGGCGAGCUUGAAGGGUUCACAAGAGUCACGCAUGUGGUCCCUCGCCGGAGUACUCAUUGUGAUGGUCGCGCACACGUGGAUUAUGAGCGCUAGGCGCGUGUGGUAUGAGGCACAUCGCGAAGCCGUCGUGGUUGUUGUUCGUUUUUUAACGUUCACGAUCCCGAUGGCUGGGUACGUGCUCAGCGGCGCGUGGGAAGUGUCGCGGGCGAACCUCGUAGUCUCACGAUUAUUGUGGGGACUAUUGAGCACGGUGGGAUGGCAUGUUGACAAUCUGAUGAGUCUGGUCCUUCAGCUGACGAUUUUCGUCAUGCUUCGUAUGGGACUGGCGCUGAAGGUCCUCGUCCAUGACGACAACGAGAUUUGGCGGUGUUCACCCCUCGGGUUGUGUUGGCCGACAUCCAGGAUGCCGGCCGCGCGACAGGCCGAACUGUCUCUGGAGCGGGGCUUCUCCUUCUCCACGCGCGGCUUAAUAUUCGACUUCUUCUUCUUGGUGGUUGCUCCGGCGCUCAUCCUUCUUGUCAAGGCGAGGCACUCGCGGCUGAUGUUUGAAGUCGAGGUCCACAGGGCCAGGGCGUCGCGAGGAGGGAGCGGGGUGUCGGACGCUCGGGGAGCCAGCCGUACCUCUGGGGUUUACGUCGGGCACAACUUCGCGACGAUUAAUCUUCUGUGGGAGCGCACGAGGGCAUGGGCGCCUCUCUUGGAGUUCCGCGACCGGGCGAAGGAGGCGCGAUUCGAGCGUUGGCACAGGUCGCACAUGGUAACCGCGGAUAUCGUCAAAUGUUUCAUCACCAUGAUGUCCUCGUUGGCUUUUCACAGGCGCGUGUUGGCGGAAUACACCACUCCUCCAGAUACGCUCCCCAACACCUUGAUCUUUUUUGGCAGCAACUUGCUGCAGGCGUUCGUAGCGGUAUCAAACAGGAGGAUGUACGUGCAGCAUCGCACGUCCAUUAUGAGUGUGAUGCGGCUGCUGUUAUAUGCCAACAGCUUGUUGAUCUUCAUCGGGGUUGCAAAGGUAGUUUACAAACAGGGUAAAGGCGCCGACAUAAAUAUAGGUGCCGACUUGCACUUCAUUUUGAUUGGGGUUCUGCAGGGGAUUGGUAUGCACCUGCUUUUGCGCACUCUCAUAGCUGUCAUGGCGGGGUGGGGCAUCAUGACCGUGAUAUGCCGGUACGUCAUCAAAGAUCUCCCCACGUUAUCUGAAGCAGAGGGGGUGGUUCACCUCUUCCAGGCCGAGAAGCUUGGGUUAACGUUCGAUUGGUUGAAAGUAAUGACGGGGACUGAGGUGUUGAUUUUUCUGUUCGGGAUUUACGCAGCUGUCACCGUUAUCACGUCUGUCUUGGUUGAGAUGUACUGCAGGAGGUUAUUCCGGAUGAUGCAAGAAGGCGCGGACAUCCAACACGGAGGCGGGCGAUCCGAGACUCUUGGCCAAGUCUUGAGCGAGGCGGGACCGACGAGGCGUAGCGAGCGGCGGCGGACGUCGGCGACGACACGGAGAUGA